UAGCUGAGAGGAGGAGCCGGUGACCGACUAGAGUGAUCCAUCCUCCUUUGUGAUUCUCACACAGACGAUCUUUGCACCCUGCAGUCUAAGCUUGUACGUUUUGUACGUGAGAGUUAGCCUGCUUUUGUCGAAGAUGUUCGUUAAAAACGUUAGCAAAGCUUGUCUUUCUGGGCUGAAAAAUGUCUCUGGGCGAGGACACGUGGCCUCUGUGGCUGCUGCAAGGCUGCACAGUCAGGCCCAGGAGGUCGGGCAUCAAGUCCCCUCCACCCGUCCAGAGACCUCCAGCGCCAAGACCCUAAUGGACAUCGGGACCCGCCGGAUCUUCAACGAGGACCAUGAUAUCUUCAGGCAAAGCGUCCGCCGCUUCUAUCAAGAGGAAGUGAUUCCACACCACAAGGAGUGGGAGAAGGCAGGUCAGGUGAGCCGGGAGGUGUGGGAGAAGGCUGGUGAGCAAGGCAUGCUGGGAGUGAUGAUACCAGAGGAGCACGGAGGCAUCGGAGCGGACAUCUUUUCUGUGGCUGUCACAUGGGAGGAGCAAAUGUAUUCCAACUGCACAGGCCCGGGUUUCAGCCUGCACUCCGACAUCGUCAUGCCCUACAUCUCUAACUAUGGUAGCAAGGGUCAGAUUGAACGCUUCAUCCCCGAGAUGACUGCUGGGAAAUGCAUCAGCGCUAUCGCCAUGACGGAGCCAGGAGCAGGCAGUGAUCUCCAAGGUGUGAAGACGUACGCUAAGAAGGAUGGCAGCGACUGGAUCCUCAACGGCAACAAGGUGUUCAUCACAAACGGUUGGAUGUCCGACCUGGUGGUGGUAGUGGCCGUGACGAACCGCGAGGCGAAGUCGGCGGCGCAUGGCAUCAGUCUGUUCUUGGUGGAGAUUGGCAUGAAGGGCUUCCAGAAAGGACGCAAGUUGGACAAGAUCGGUUUGAAGGCCCAGGAUACAGCUGAACUGUUUUUUGAGGAUGUGCGUCUCCCAGCUGACGCCCUCUUGGGGCAACCCAACAAGGGGUUCUACUACCUGAUGAACGAACUGCCUCAGGAGCGUCUCGUGAUUGCUGGCAUGGCCAUAGCGAGCUGCGAGUUCAUGUUUGAGGAAACCAGGAACUAUGUGAUGCAGAGGAAGGCUUUCGGCAAGACCAUCGCUCAUCUACAGACUGUGCAACACAAGCUGGCAGAGCUGAAGACGGAGAUCUGUGUGGGCCGCACCUUCAUAGAUAACUGCCUUCAGCUCCACGCUGAGAAACGCCUGGACGCCUCCACCGCUUCCAUGGCCAAGUACUGGGCUUCUGACCUCCAGAACAAGGUGGCCACUCAGUGCCUACAGCUCCAUGGAGGCUGGGGCUAUAUGAUGGAAUACCCCAUCGCCAAGGCGUUUGUAGACUCGCGUGUUCAGCCCAUCUAUGGAGGCACCAAUGAGAUCAUGAAAGAGCUCAUUGCUCGCACCAUUGUCACCCAGAAUUGAGAAAUAUGGAUGCUGUUAUGAUGGACGAGCACUGGGGAAGGUGUGGUGGAUUGCACAGAUGUUUUGUAGAAUGUGUCUGAAACUGGGAUAAAUUAGAGAAACAGUCGAGAGAAGUCAGGGAAGGUAUUACAGAACGCACGCUUGAAUUCGUCACAUCGAUCAAAGGAUUAAAGAGAGAAAGAAAUUAUGUUCUUCCUUUUAAGAAUGAAAAGUUAAAUUAGUUAAUUUACAGGUUGACAAAAAAAUAUGAAAGUGCACUUAUGGAUUAACAAAUUAAAGGUUUCAUUAAAUGAAAUAUGUGAAAAAAUGACCUAUUUUAAUGUGUGUUUCUGUCCAUUUACCACUCACUGAAGUGUCUUUAUUGCAUUGAAAAAUAAUAGAUCACAGC